CAGUUCAGGGUCUAACGGGUUAACACGCACAUCUGCGCGUGCACUGACGUUACCGCAUCACGGUCAGCUCGUGCGCUUUACCGACCGGCUCCAUGGCCCAGACCGGAGGUGCACACUGUCCUCGUGGGAGCACGGAGAUGGAGAAACUGCGUGGUGGUGAGUGUGAGAUGAUGAAGGCAGAUCUGGAGGCUUCUCUCUCUGCGAGCUGCAGUUCAGCUAUUCAGUGUCGGGAUGUGUGUCGCUCCUACGGCAAGCUGCGAGUCCUCAGCAGCCUCAACCUUACUGUAACUCAGGGUCAGAUUUAUGGCUUGCUGGGCCCGAGCGGUUGCGGGAAAACCACUCUGCUGAAGUGCAUCGUGGGAACUUUGAAGAUCUCUCGAGGUCACAUCAGCGUGCUUGGGAAGCCACCAACAUUCCCCGGACAUGAGGUUCCGGGAAGGAUGGUGGGAUACAUGCCACAGGACAUAGCUCUGUAUAACGAGUUUACAAUCAGUGACACGCUCUGGUUCUUUGGCCGGAUCCACGGCCUCUCAUCCCAAGAGACGCGGGAGCGCAUGAAGUUCCUUAUUGAAUUUUUAAACCUGCCACAGAAGAAUAGCCUCGUCAGAAACCUCAGUGGUGGCCAGCGACGGCGUGUUUCUCUCGGCGCUGCUCUUCUUCAGAACCCUCAACUCCUCAUCCUCGACGAGCCCACAGUAGGAGUAGAUCCUGUUCUACGAGCCAAAAUAUGGCAGCACCUGGUGGAGAUCGUGAAAGGAGGACAGGUAUCCGUCAUCAUCACUACGCACUACAUCGAGGAGGCCAGACAAGCCAACAUGGUGGGGUUAAUGAGGAACGGGAGGCUGCUGGCUGAAGCCAAUCCAGAAGAGAUCAUGAAGCAGCACCACGCUGCAACCCUGGAGAGUGCUUUUCUGCAGCUUUGUGAGGACUCGGACCAAGUGGGAUCCCAGGACAGUCCUCGGUGUCCUGAGCACAAUGACAAUAUUUCUCCAGACAGCCUGAAGGACGAGUGCAGAGAGCCUAUUUUGGGGAAGGAUAUAUCGGCAACAUCAGACAUCCCUAAAUGCAAAGUGGACUGGAAGGUGAGAGCAUGGCAUUUCAUUCCAAAAUGGCGAAAUAUUGCGGCACUGACGAUCAAGACAAUGGUGCGAAUGAGGAGAAAUCCAGGUUCUCUGUGUUUUCAGUUCCUCCUGCCCGUGAUUCAGAUCUGUCUGAUGUGUUUGUGUAUCGGUGGCGAUCCGAAGGGCAUCAAGGUGGCUGUGGUCAAUAACGAAACUAGCUCGAGUGCCUACAGCCACUCUUUCCUCUCUUUCCUCGACAACACCAGCAUCUACCAGGUGAGCCUCUCUCAUUCUGCUGCUUUUGAAGGCGUCCAUAACGGGGAAUUCUGGGGCGUCGUCGAGUUUGGUGAGAACUUCACCACCUACCUGACCAAGAGGAUGUUUCAGCCGAGAGUCUCCAGAGACAUUGUCGAUGGGGGGUCCGUCCACGUGUGGCUCGACUUGACGAAUCGACAGAUAGGAAUAAUGAUACAAAAGAAGCUACAUGAAGCUUUUCAGUCUUUCGUGAAAAGCAAGAUGGGAAGCCAGGCCUAUCUGGUGUCUGUUCCAGUUAAGUUUGAGGAGCCAAUAUACGGCAGUCAGAACACCACAUUCACGACCUUUGUGACUCCAGGAGCUGUUCUGAGCAUCACAUUUUACCUGGCGGUGGGACUUACUGCUCUGUCCUUUGUCUUGGAGAGGAAAGAGGGGCUGCUGGACAGGUGCUGGGUUGCAGGAGUGAGUUCUCUAGAGACUAUGCUUGCACAUCUCUUCUCUCAGCUGUUGGUCAUCAGCGUCCAGAUCAUCCUGCUCCUGCUCUUUAUCCUGCUGGUCUUUAAGAUUCCCAAUGAAGGCUCCCUGGUCCUCGUCAUCUGCCUGAUUUUUCUUCAGGGUGUGACCGGAAUCUCUUUCGGACUGGUAAUUUCCUCCGCCAUCGACGACGAGCAGUCGGCCAAUCAGGCAGCUCUCGGCAUUUUCUACCCCAACCUCAUCAUCAGCGGUGUCAUUUGGCCGGUGGAGUGUAUUCCGUAUCCGCUGAGAUACCUGAGUCUGGUGCUGCCUCAGACGUACGCAUCUGAAGCCCUACGCUGCAUUAUGUACCGAGGAUGGGGUCUGUCGCGCAUGAUGGUGUGGCGCGGCUUCGCCGUCACGCUCGGCUGGAACACGUUCUUCCUCAUGCUGGCUACCAUCAUCCUCAAGCUGAGGACAUGAGGGACGCCGGUCACUCGAAGGUGCUUCAGAUCAAUGAGAGAGGUGGCAGGGAGGAGGGGAAAUGUGCAUGUUUACAUUAUUCUCGUUACCGAACCUGCGAUCAUUCAUCACUGAUCAACUGUGAAAAUCCAGGAGAAAUGCAAGGAGGCGAUGCAUGUGUACUGAAAAGAGUUUGCCUGGGCUACAAGCACAAACACACCAGCCUUGUGCCAGCAAUACCAGCUAUAAAUACUGUGGCUUCUUCCUGUAUGUCCAAGUUAUACAGAGUUUAUAGAUAUCAAAAAAUAUAUAUACUGUAUAUAGAGAGAUAUAAAUAGAUAGAUUUGAGAUUAAUUGCUAGCAAUUGAGUAUUUUUGGUGAACAGUGUUAAAUGCUAUGAAGGAAUGGCUUUUAUAAAGAUGUCUAUAAAGUUUUGUCUCAUAAUAUGAA